UUCCGGUCUACGUGCAGCUGCCAUAUUGAAAAUAUAUUCUUCAAGGGUAACUUGCUCCUCCGGUUAGCCAUCAUGUUUCGCUUUGCUAAAUCUGCUGUGAAUCUUACCGGUGUGGCUGCUCGCCAGGUGAGGAACACCUCCACGGCACCACAGGACUUCCAUGCCAAAUACGGCACCGGCCUGUUGGUCGGAGGCAUUGGCUUCUGCACCGCUGUGUGGGCAUUUGUUAUCACUCAGACCGGCAUCACCUGGAAUCUGUCUCCGGUCGGCAAGCUGAUGCCCAAGCAGUGGCGGGAAAAGGAGGAGGAAUAAAGUAGUCUUCCUCACCUAGACGACCACGACGCCCAGAUCCCUCCUGGAGGAUGACCCGUAAAACAUUCUGGUUGUACAGAUGAUUAUAAAUGUUCUCAGACGCUGAAUGCCUGUGGCUGUUCCAGCAUGUUGACCUGUAGAAAAUAAAAACCCAACUCAACAAAGGUGUUUUUUUUGUUUAGUUU